UUCAAGAUGGAUGGAAUCACAGCGGCAGCGGCGGCUGCGGGUUGCGCGAGCCGAGUGUGAGCGGAAAGGGGCCCGGCGCCUGCCCCGGGGCUGAAGAGCGGUGAGUAACCGUCACGCUCCACGCCCUAGGAGGACGUCGGGCCCUGUCGGGGGUUACGGCCUCUCCGCAAAACGCGGCCUUUCCUGACGUAACUCUGAGGAAUGUGAGGUGAAGGAGAACAGGAAACCAGCCAACGAGCUCACCUCCCAUCACCAGUACCUCUUAUGCUGCACUGUGUACAGCAGGCUCACAAACACUCGGGAGAGGAAGAGAGAAGAAAGAUGUGUACUUGCCAGAUAAACUGCAGGAUGGAGGGACUGCUGCAUUACAUCAACCCAGCACAUGCCAUCUCUCUGCUCAGUGCCCUCAAUGAGGAGCGCCUCAAGGGACAGCUGUGUGAUGUGCUCCUGAUUGUUGGGGACCAGAAGUUCCGUGCUCAUAAGAACGUCUUGGCUGCCAGCAGUGAGUACUUCCAGAGUUUAUUCACGAAUAAGGAGAACGAGGCACAGACUGUCUUUCAGCUGGACUUCUGUGAGCCUGAUGCUUUUGACAACGUUCUGAACUACAUUUACUCUUCUUCCCUUUUUGUGGAGAAGGGCAGCCUGGCUGCUGUGCAAGAGCUGGGGUAUAGCCUUGGUAUCUCCUUCCUGACCAACAUUGUUGCCAAAGCCCCUCAGGCUCCUUUUCCAGCCUGUCCCAACAGGAAAAGAGUACCGGUGGAAGAUGAUGAGACCAGCUCUCAAAAGCGAAGUGUCAUUGUAUGUCAGGGCAGAAGCGAAGUGCCAGGGAAAGCCAGUGGUCCAGCUGUGCAGGAUCUCAGCCAUGCUGCCCGGGCCUCCCCUAGUGGUUCAGUCAAGACCAGCACCAGUAAGCCACAUGUAGCCAAGCCGCCAGAACAGUUUCACAGUCUGUCCUUAACUGAAAAGAGCUGGCCGAAGGAUAGUGCUGCAGUAUAUGCAAAGUCUCUGGAACAGUCUGGGGCUUUGGAUGAUCCUAACAGGGGCAGUUUGGUAAAAAGAAAUGCAGUCCUGCCCCCACAGCCUUCACAGGACAGGGAGGCCACAGAUGAUAAACCAGGGGUGAGUAGCCAGCUUCCCAAGGGGAAAGCUAUAGAGCUGGCUCUGAAGAGACCACGGCCACCUGUCCUGUCUCUUCGUAGCUCAUCAGAGACUCCAUAUCUCUUAAAAGAAACUAGCAAAGGAGGUGGUCAGGGGGAGGAUAGGAACUUGCUCUACUACUCUAAGCUAGGCCUGGUGGUCCCAUCCAGUGGGCCUGCUUCUGCAAACCAGAGCAUUGACAGAAGUGGCCCACUAGUGAAAAGCCUCCUCAGGCGGUCACUAUCUAUGGACAGCCAGGUUCCUGUCUACUCCCCAUCUAUAGAUUUGAAGUCAUCCCAGGGAUCAUCCACGGCAGCAAAUGAGGCACCGGGCAGUAUGUUCUGUGCGAUGUCUCAAAAGUCAUCUUUAAAAGAAUGCAGUGAAAAAAAAGCCCUGGAUGACAGGCCUCAAGUGCUUCAGCCUCAUCGUCUCAGGUCCUUUAGUGCUUCUCAGUCGACAGACAGGGAGGGGUCCUCCCCUGUGACUGAGGUGCGCAUUAAGACCGAGCCCAGCAGCCCACUGUCGGACCCCUCAGACAUCAUCCGGGUCACUGUGGGAGAUGCAGCAGCAGCAGCUACAAGAGACCUGCCCCUCAAAACAGAGGACGAUCAGAGGGAUAUGAGCAGACUCCCAGCAAAGAGAAGGUUCCAGGCAGACAGAAGGUCACCCUUGAAGAAGGCAAGGGCAAAUGAGCACGGGCCUGCUGUCUCAGAAGAGAACUGUGAAGAGGGCAGGAGCCCUCCUUCCCUUGACAGCAACUUCCCAGAUUCUGACUUAAACAGAGAGGAGUUUGGUGAGUUGGAGGGGACGAGACCAAACAAAAAAUUUAAAUGCAAACAUUGCCUUAAGAUUUUUAGAUCAACUGCGGGUCUUCACCGCCAUGUUAACAUGUACCAUAACCCAGAGAAGCCUUAUGCUUGUGACAUCUGUCACAAGAGGUUUCAUACCAACUUCAAAGUGUGGACACACUGUCAGACCCAACACGGCAUAGUGAAGAACCCAUCGCCAGCCACUAGUUCCCAUGCAGUAUUGGAUGAGAAAUUCCAAAGAAAGCUGAUUGACAUAGUGAGAGAGAGGGAGAUUAAGAAGGCCCUGAUCAUUAAGCUGAGGCGCAGCAAGCCUGGCUUCCAGGGACAGAGUAGCUCCCCAGCACAGCAAGUCAUCAAGAGGAACUUGCGCUCCCGAGCCAAAGGGGCCUACACUUGUGCCUACUGUGGCAAGGCAUACCGCUUUCUCUCUCAGUUUAAGCAGCACAUAAAGAUGCACCCAGGAGAGAGGCCCCUCGGAGUGAGCAGAGCUUCUAAGCCAAAAGAGCAGGCUCUGGCACGCGCGGUAGAGAGCAAGGAGGUUUACCCGUGCCGCCUCUGUAAUGCUAAGCUCUCUUCUCUUCUAGAGCAAGGCAACCACGAGCGCUUGUGCCGGAACGCCACCGUUUGCCCUUACUGCAGCCUCAGGUUCUUCUCCCCCGCACUGAAGCAGGAGCAUGAGGACAGGUGUGAGUACAAAAAGCUGACCUGCCUGGAGUGCAUGCGUACCUUCAAGUCCUCCUUCAGCAUCUGGCGGCACCAGGUAGAAGUGCACAACCAGAACAACAUGGCUUCAGCAGAGAACAUCUCCCUGCCCACCCUAGACCACAAUGGUGAAGUGGCAGCUGCUUCCAGGUUUCAGGCUGAGCCUAGCAAGGUAAACCAUGUGGCUGCUCCAAAAGAGGACACAGCAUUUAGUGAUUCUUCAGAGCAAGUGAACUUUGAUUCUGAGGAUUCCUCCUGCCUCCCUGAAGACUUGAGUCUUUCAAAGCAACUGAAAGUUCAAGUCAAAGAGGAGCCUGUGGAGGAGGCUGAGGAGGAAGCUCCUGAGGCCAGUGCAGCUCCCAGGGAGGCUGGCCCCAGCAAGGAGGCAGGCCUAUGGCCCUGUGAGAAAUGUGGAAAGAUGUUCACGGCACAUAAGCAGCUGGAGCGACAUCAGGAGCUGCUGUGUUCCGUGAAGCCCUUCAUCUGCCACGUAUGCCACAAAGCUUUCCGUACCAACUUUCGGCUCUGGAGUCACUUCCAGUCCCACAUGUCUCAGGCCACAGAGGAGCCUGCACAAAAAGAGGCAGAGAUGUGUCCUGUGCCCACAAACUCCCCCUCACCACCACCUCUGCCACCUCCACCACCCUUGCCCAAGAUUCAGCCCCUGGAGCCUGACAGCCCCACAGGCCUGCCUGAGAACCCGACCCCAGCCACAGAGAAGCUGUUUGCACCCCAGGAGUCAGACACCCUCUUUUACCACGCUCCACCCCUUUCAGCAAUCACAUUUAAAAGACAGUUCAUGUGCAAGCUCUGCCAUAGGACAUUCAAGACCGCCUUCAGUCUUUGGAGUCAUGAGCAGUCACACAAUUAAAGGACAUUCCCCUCUCGCCUGUCACAAAACAACAGGCCCUUUGCUUGUGAACUGUGUCCUAAGACAAAAUAUUAAAUAAUAAUAAUAAAGGUUGGGAAUUGUUAUGUUUGAAUUUUAAGUUUGGGAUAAAUUGAAACUGGCUGGGAAUGUCCUCACAGCUUUAGGAACAAACUCUGAAAUAUUGUGGUUCUGGACCUCGCAGCAGGGUUUGAUUCUGUUACUGUUGAAGUUGGGUUAAUAUUGGUGAAUUGCAUGGUUCCUCAUUCCGAGGUGUCACUAUAAUUACUUGAUUGGGGUUUUUGUUUUUUGGUUUCUAGGUAGUGGAAUGCUAGGGAAGUGUUUGAUUAUUAUUACAGACACCUAAGUUUGAGGUAAUCCUUAGCCAUGUUUCUAAGGCCAAAAACCAUACAAGGAAGAAGGGGUGUAAUUUGCUGUAUUGAGUCAGAUUUUAGAAUACUUCAGCAAUAAGAAAAGACAAACCCCAACUUUAAUAAAUUAUCCUGACACUUGAUAAGACAAAUAUUUGGUAUUUUGUGGUUCCAUGAAACUUUCUUUUUGUAUGAAAAUUGUGAGCAUUUAAAUCAGCAAUAGUCACACUUAGAUUUUUUUUAUAAAAUAACAAGCUGUCAGUCACUUCAUCUAAUCAGUGAUGGCCAUGUACUAAGGAAGGCAGAGUAUUGGAAGCAAGUUUGUGGGGUGUUCUACAGUCAGCAACAACAGCUUGGUUGUGAAAGCCACUGAACUCUGUGGGAUGUUCUCUGCAUCAUAGUAUGGCUUUCAACUGGCGCUUUAGAACUGACAGUGUUUGGUCUCUGCCAGCUUGAAACUUGGGUAUCAUUGGGAUAAGCAGUGCUAGCAUGAGGUUAGCAGAGCACACACAGCCUUACCACAUCCCAGACCAUUCCUUCUAGAGGCUUCAGAGAUUGGAGGAAAUGCCACAUUGCAGCUUCCACGUGCUUUCUAAGAACUGUAGGCACAACAUACACAUUUUCUGCCUGUCUUUUGUGAGGACUUCUGUGGGAGUAUUGUAGUGGAUGGCAGUGAAAAUGUCACUAUCUGAUACGCAAAUGUGUAUUAAAUCACUAGCAAGGGUCCAAAAUUAGUUUUUGCUACUUGAUUUAGUACUUAUGGUUUGGGCUCUUUUUUUUUUUUUUUAAUGUAGGUUGUAAUUAAAACUCUUCAUAGGCAGUAUCCAGAGUUCAGUGGAAUAUUUCAAAAGAUGAAACUUUGAUUUCAUUCCCCAGGGAGGAUCACACCUGGAAAAAAUGUUAGAAGGACACAAACUCCCUGUUCACUUUUGCUGCAAGCUGUUUCUUCACAUUUUCAAGGUGUGCUCUAGCAGAGGCACCGGCCCAUCUCCUCACCAGCAUUCUACACCCAUGGUAGCAAAGGCAAUCUUUAUAUUGAAACAAACUUUUUUUUAAUAAAAUACUAAUUGACUUUGUAUAUUAUAGAAGAUAUAUGUGGAAUUUUGUCUUUUAUUCUUUCACUUGAAAAAACUCAAAAAUUCCUAAAUAUGUAUGCAUUUUCCUAUUUUGUUCCUUAAAUUUGGCAGAGAAGGGAAGUAAAAUUAUGUUGCAUUUUUACUGAUUCUUGCCAUCUGUUUUCUUGAACUAUGCAUUUUAGAGAUGAACUAAAAGUAUCCACCAUUUAAUGAAUGAAGCUAGUGCCAGGCUAGGUAGCUGUCCACUGAACUCAUUCUGUGUGGUGAGUGAAUGGUUUUUCCCUCUGAACACCUCAAAGUGUCACUUCUUUUACGACCGUCUCCCUGCAUGGUCAUCUGCUGUAUAGCUAGAGUGAUAAUCUCCAAACCUGGCAUUGCCAGUGCAGUGCCCCAGGACUUGAACCUAUGCUACAUUUUUAAAGAUUUAUAAAAUAACACUGUUGCAAAAAAAAGUAUUUUUGAUCUAAAUAUAGACUCUGCGUAUUUGUUAGGUUUUACAGAUUACCAAUGUUUGUCACCUUUUUUGUCUAGGAAGAAACGUAAGACUUCAAAUAAAAUUUUGAACCAAAAACAUUUAUAAUGCAGUUGUGAUUUUUCUAUUGCUUUUGAUACUGUAUCUUAAAAGACAUCAGGCUGAGAGAAUUUAUUUUGGUGUCAAAAACUGUUCUUCCACUCAUGUAACUAUUUUAAAUGCUAAGAAACAAAAUUAUGGAAGACAUUAAUCACUUUAUUCAGUAAGCAUUUUUUAGAGAAUGUUUAUCUCAGCCACCAGGCAGAUGUUUGGUGUUCAAUAAAUAGGUCCUUCACCAUUGUAAAUCUUUAGAUAGUAAAGAUAUUCUUGUAAAUGUUUUUCUGAUUGUAAUUAAUUUUUGCAAGUAUAGAAAAUGCAUUGUUUCUUCUAAUUAUUUAAGAUGCCUGCUUUUUUAUGCAGUUGUGGAAAGAAUGUAAACUUUUAAUAUAUUCUUUGUUAACCUGAGAAUUUGUUAUUGAAUUGUUUUCUUUAUGUGGAAAGGAUUGAGUACCUAAAACAUGUUUUUCCCACUCAGAGUAAGCAAUGGAGCUAACAGAUCCUUGUAUCUCAGGGUUAGCAUUUCCAGGUUGCUAGCUAAUUAUCCCUUUAAAACUAGUUCAGAUACAUCUGUGGUUCUGCCAGAUGUACAGAUGACCAGGGCUGUGUGUAUUCUACUUUUCUGUUUUAGAAUAUGUCCUUCUCUUUGAAAAGAUUGCCUGGUACUCAGUCACUUACCGCCUAAACCUGCAUGUAGCCACUGCAAGUGCUAAUGAAAAUGGUGACUGAGAUAGUAAGAUGGGCCUUUUCUCUGAGACGAAGGCCUGAACACUGCCUUCCCUGGUGGGCAGGCCUGGUGGGCCUGAAGCUAGUCUCUGUUUUCUGUAGUUGAGCUCUCAUGGGUGUGCACGUUUGUGAAGUUGGUACAUUUCCUUAUUUCAAAAUGAGUAGCUUUCAAUCCUUUAGAUUUCUUUAUAAAUCUCACCCAUUAGCCUUUAUUACAACAUUCAAAGUCAGUUUGUUAAUUUCUGAUAUUUGAUGCUUUGGGAAUAGUUGUGAAAUGCAUUAUUGACUCAGAUAAUACACUUACUGAGUGCAUACCCUUACUGAGUAUUCGUUAAAACAAAUUUUAGUCCAGAUGUGGUGGCAUGCACCUAUUGUUACCAUAUUAUCUGUUUGGAAAGCUAAGAUGGAGGAUCAUUGAGUUUAGGAGUAGCAUGGUGAGACUAUCUUCAAAAAACAGGUAGAGCUAUUCAAGUAGGUUUUCAUUGCUUGUGGCUUUAGUGCUUUAAGACAUUUGAUAUUUUUUAUGAUUUUUUUUUAGCAUCUUCUUCAGUGCCCCUCAGUGAGGACUCCAGCUGGGAAGAAGACCACUGGGAGCUUUUCUCCAGGGCAGAGAGCUAAAUUGGGGUUCAGAUUUUAGAGAAGAAAGGGAAGUUAGUGUUUUUUAGAGACAAGCUUUGGGGAAUCAGAAACAUUUUCCUGUAAUUCUUUAAAAUAGUUGGAUUCUACAUUCUUAGGUUGUUUGUAUACAUUGUCUAAAUCUCCACAGUUCUUGGUUAAUACUGAUUCCCAGAAGGUGGCCAUAGGUGGCUUUAAUCCAAACUGCCCUAAGAGCAGUUUUCAUCAAAUUCUGUUUAACUAAAAGCAAACGGGUUUUAUAAUUUUUGUUGUUACAUGCCUUGGCUAAAUAGAAUCAGAUUUUUUUUUUCUUCAGAAAUAACCUUUUGGGGACUGAAAAUGCAUAGUCAGGUAGGGAUGUAAUGAUGCUCCAUUGCUUACUCUACCCAGUUCUGUAGUCUUUGUUUAAUGGUGACCAACAUUGGAUGGAUGGGUCAAUAAAUCUGUACUGUGCUCUGCUCUGA